AUGUUUUUAGCCAGCGUUUUCCUUCAGGUCUUCGGAUCAAUCGUCAUUCUCAUCGCCUCGAAUCUGAUCUGGGGAUAUAUCAGGUCACCAAUCAAGAACAUCCCGGGGCCCUUUUUCGCCAAGUUCACAAACCUAUGGCGGUUCUUCGACACCUGGGGCGGACGGCCAGAUCUUACGCAGCGUAUACUUCAUGAGAGGUAUGGAGCUGCGGUCCAAAUUGGGCCUAAUAUGGUCAGCUUGAGUGACCCAAAGCUCCUGCGCACCAUAUACAACACGAAAGGAGACUUCUUGAAGAGUAAUUUCUAUAGAGUCAACGACACCAAAGUUGGCAGCACCAUAUUCCAGACCGUUUUCGGCACCCAGAGCAAUGAAUCCCAUUCGGCACACCUGCGUCCUAUCUCUAAAUUCUAUAAAAUGCACAACCUGCUCCAAUACGAACCUCAAGUAAGCCGAACAAUUGACCAGUUCUGCGAACACCUAGACGAACAGUUCAUCGACGGCUCCAACGCAGGGAAGACUUGCAACAUGGAUGACUGGCUCCUAUACUUUGCCUGGGAUGUCAUCGGCGAACUCACAUUCAGUAAACCAAUGGGCUUCAUGGAGAAAGGGUGUGACUUUAAUGGACUUCUAGCAGACGCCGACAAAGCCCAGGAUUACUUUGCUGUUGUUGGGCAAAUCCCAUCCCUCGACCACUGGCUGGCAAAGAACCCCGUCAGACCUAUUGGCCCUCCUAGUUUUGACCACGCCGCGGCAUUCUGUGCGCAAAAGUCUAUUGAUCGUCAGAAAGGCACUGAUGGCAAGGCUUCUGAUCAGAGAGACAUGCUUGAUGAUUUUAUCGGGGCUAUGAAGUUGAGUCCAGAGCAGAUUAAUGACAAUGGUGUUGUUAGUGCGCUGUUGGUUAAUAUUAUGGCUGGUGCCGAUACCACCGCUAGUCUGCUGCGAGCCGUCAUUUACUUUGCUCUCAAGAACCCCAGCGUGGUGAAGAAAUUGCAGCGAGAACUUGAUGCCGCGCAACUGUCUCGACCAGUCACCUAUGCCGCUGCUAAAGACCUUCCAUAUCUCGAUGCGGUGAUCAAGGAGGCCGGUCGCAUGCAUCCAGGCGUUGGGCUUGUACUCGAACGUAUCGUGCCAAGCGCCGGUCUCACGCUCACAGAUGGCACUGUUAUUCCUCCCGGUACGAUCGUGGGUAUGAAUUCCUGGGUUGUCCACCAGAACAAGCGUGUCUAUGGCGAGGAUGCGGCGUCAUUCAGACCUGAGCGCUGGUUGAGGGAUGAAGCCAAGGGAGAGACUGAAGAGGAAUUUCUGCCGAGGCUCUUGAUGAUGAAGCAAACGGAUCUUUCGUUCGGUGCUGGUAACCGCGUCUGUCUGGGGAAGAAUGUUAGUAUUAUGGAAUCGUACAAGGUUAUUGCGACUUUAUUCAUGACUUACGAUAUGAGCUUUGUGGAUCCAGAGAAGGAGUGGCAUGUUCAGAACUCGUGGUUUGUGAGACAGACAGGCAUCGAUAUUACUCUCCGUCGGAGGACAGCAAAUGCUUAG